CAGCACAAAAAGAACCCCCCACCUGAAGAAGCGUGCAGCCCAAGCGAAAGAAUCGCCUGAACCCAACCCGAAACAGACUCCCUUCUCUCUCAUCCCAAAUGAUCGAUUUCAUCCAAUACACAUAGGAAGAAGACGAUCGCCUUUUGGGGAUUUUUUGUUUGUUCUUCCAGAAGCUUUAAGCGGGGGUUUGAAGGCGGCGGCUGUGGCGGCGGUUGAGUGAAUGGGAGGCGAUGAGGAAGUCUUUUAAAGAUUCACUCAAAGCACUGGAAGCUGAUAUUCAACACGCUAAUACUCUGGCUUCUGAUUACCCAAAAGCUUAUGGAGGUGCUUGCCUUCAAAUGAGGCUGUCAUACAGUCCCUGUGCUCAUAUGUUUCUGUUUCUUGUUCAGUGGACUGAUUGUAAACUCGCCGGUGCUCUCGGAUUGAUCAGGGUCCUCAUAUACAAGGCUUAUGAGAAUGGUAAAACAAGCAUGUGUGUUCAUGAAAGGAAAGCUAGCAUAAGAGAGUUUUAUGGGGUGAUAUUCCCUUCCCUCUUGCAACUACAAAGGGGAAUCACUGAUGUGGAAGAGCGGAAGCAGAGAGAAAUAUUGGAGAAUAAAUACCGAAAAAGGGAUGAUAGUAAUAGCAAGGGGAAGUUAUCUGAAAUUGAAGCAGAGAGGGAAGAGGAAUGUGGGAUUUGUUUGGAGUUGGAACCCAAAGUUGUCCUGCCUGACUGCAACCAUGCUUUGUGUAUGAAGUGCUACAGAAACUGGCGUGUUCGAUCACAGUCAUGCCCUUUCUGCCGAGACAGUCUAAAAAGAGUGAACUCUGGAGACCUUUGGAUCUGUACAAACAGUGGCGAAGUUAUCGACCUGGCUGCAAUAUCAACGGAGAAUUUGAAGCGACUUUUGUUAUACAUUCAAAGCUUGCCUCUCCUCUUCCCAGCAGAUCAUUCGACACUCGUUUCCUAUGAUCCCAGCUGCAGAUAACACCAAACUUAAUCUAUUUACCCACACGUAUAUCAUAGUUAUAUAUAAUUAUAUACUUAUAAUUAUAUAAUGAUACAGAUUGGAUGGUCCUAUUUUUGUACAUAAGUAACACAACACAUCCCAGGGAACAAUUAUUGUUUUUAAAUCAGGUUUCUUUUAUAUAGUGCUGCUCAUUGCUUGCAAAUAUUGAGAUGAAGUCAUCAUUAUAUUUGCUUUGUUUAUUUAUUGGGCAAAUAAUGGGUAACGCUAAGUGUGACCCAAGUUUCUCCCACCCUUCAUUCCGACACGCAUAGACGAACACUAUCACUCUGCGUGUUGGUAAUAAAUAGGGGGCAAACUU